AUGGUGAGACCGCUCGAGCCUUACCACGACAACGAUGAGAGCGAGCCACUCAUGAAGGACGACCCGGAGCGAAACGAUUCCGGCACAGGCGCUGGCGCUGCGUCCAGCACUGUUGUCACUGAAAUUGACCAUCCCGAUGCGCCGCUGGAGAUCCCCGUCCAAGCCGCUACAGCCGGCCGCGGGACGACGACGCUCGAAGUCAUCGACGACAACAGCAGCAGCGACGGCAAUGCGCCCACGCCGCGCUUCAUCCAGGACGAGCGCUCGUCCAAGCGAUGGAAGAAGAUUCCCUACCCCGUCCGCCGCGUCCUGGCCGCCUUUGGCAAAUGGGCAAAAGGUCCGCCCAAUCCGCAGCCGUAUCGCAUAAAGCCUUUGUUCCCGGCCGUGCAAGAGUAUCCGCUGUAUCUCGUGGAGCGAUUCCUGCCCAAGGCAUACCGCCUCUGGGCCAUAUUCCUCUACUUUUCCAUAUGGGUCAUUACGUUUGUGCUCGUCAAACGCCAGGAGACCAUUGCCUCUACCGUCGAGGGAUGGGGCCAGUCGCAGCCGAUUAGCUGCGGCGACACAUACUGGAGUGCGGGCAAUGGAUGCGGCUUGGACGGAAAUGACUGCAGGCCCUUCAAUGGCAGCGGUUUUGCCUUCCAGUGCCCAGCCUCGUGCGAGAGCUAUCACGUCCUGAAUCCCAGGGCCGUUGGUGACCAGGAAGUCAUUUACCGGCCAAUGGUCAUCGGAGGGCCGUCCAACGACGUCAAUCCCGAGCUGGCCACUUAUCGCGGCGACUCCUACAUUUGCGCUUCGGCAAUUCACGCAGGCAUCUUCCCCAAUGGCAAGGGAGGCUGUGGCGUUGUCGAGCUUGUUGGCCAGUACCAAGAAUUCGUCAGCUCUCAGCGACACGGCAUUCUGAGCGUCCCCUUCGACUCGUACUUUCCUCUAGCAUUCCGAUUCGUUCCCGACAUCAAAUGCAGGGCCAAGGACGAGAGAUGGUCCAUCCUGGCUGUUUCCACCGUUUUCACUGGCGUGCUGUCGCUUUUCACGUCCUCGCCCGCUCUCUUCUUCUUUCCCACAUUUGCCGGCAUGUUCUUCGCGGUCGGCAUGUCACUAGACCAGCCGGGGCAUUCUACAGUGACGGAUCUGUUUUCCAACAUUCUGGGCAAGUUUCUUCCUGCCAUGUUUUGCGCAUGGGUCAUGUACGACAAGAUGGGCGUCCGCCGCACGCUCAAGCAUCUGACUGCGCAGAUUGAAAAGACUGUCCUGUGGUUGGGUGCCUGCUGGGUGGGCGCUCUCACCAACUACACGCUGGACUUUAUCCCCAUCCAGCGUCUCAAUAAGCAUGAUCUUGAUCAGCAGCCUGGAGCUAGAGCAGCUCUGGCCACCAUUGUCAUCAUCUUGUUUUUCAUCAUCCUCUCGCAAGUGUUUUACUUUAGACAAGAGGGUCGGUUCAUCCCCUAUAUUAAGCUAUACGCCUUGUUCAUCUUUAGCAUUCUCAUCUCUCUGACGCUCCCGGGGCUUUCGCUGCGCCUUCACCACUACAUCUUGGCGCUGCUGCUGUUGCCCGGCACAAGUAUGCAGACUCGGCCAGCGUUGCUCUACCAGGGCAUCCUGAUCGGGCUGUUCAUCAACGGCAUCGCCCGCUGGGGUUUCGAUCCCGUGCUAGAAACGCCCGCAGCUCUUCAGGGAGACGCACAAAAGGGAUCUCUCCUCCCGACCAUCCCCCAGCCCGUCAUAUAUAUCGGGGAAGGUCCGCACAGCCCCUCCAACAUCACGUUCACUUGGAACCAGCCGCCGAGCAAGAUCUAUGACGGCAUCAGCAUUCUUGUUAACGACGUAGAGCGCUUCCGGGGCUAUUUCGACGACAUUAUCGACCGACAAGACAGCUUUAUUUGGUCUAGAAACGGCACCCUCGGGCUGCCGGAGUACUUUAGAUUUGCAUACAUGCUUGGAAGCUCGAGCGGGGAUUAUACAAAGGCCGGCAUCUGGUCGGCGGAGGGCGAGUGGACGCAGAUGAAGGCCGGGCCGUCCCGCGUCAAGGCUAGGGAUACCCAGGAGCACAUAGUCCGACGAUGA